UUUAAAUUGUCUUGGGAGCACAGCUGUCCAUAGUGCUGCAGUGGAAAGGAAUUUCCCUGUCUUGUGAUAGCACAGACUGUUUAAGGCAGAAUGUGUGUCACCUGCCCUUCAAGUCAAGUUUACAUUGCUGACAAAAAGGAGGAGGAACUCACAUAUCACUUUCAUUUCACUGGAGGCAGCCUGCCCUGACACAACAUGAUCAAAAAAGUUCUUCUCUACAUCGUAAUCCAGUGUGCUAUAGCCGGGAUGAGGUCCAGAACAGCCAAGAAACAUGCACAGCAGGAUCUUGGCAUUGGAUCUGAUUGCUCCUGGAUCUUCACAUAACAGUGAUUCUGUGCCUGUGACACACAGAGCAUAUAAAAAACUUGCAGCAGUGAAAAAUGUUUCUAAACGGGAUGUUCCUGUGUGUCAAAAUUACACACAAUAUGUGUUUGGAAAUAUCUGUUGUGAUGCUUGUAAGCCUGGUUUUGUUGCUAAAACGAAAGGUUGCACAAAGGACACUAAAACUGAUUGUAAAACAUGCACUGAUGGGCAAGAGUAUAUGGAUAAAUACAAUUUUAUAACCAAAUGUCUGCGUUGCGGUCACUGUGACACACAGCAUGGUUUGGAAGUUGAAAAAAACUGUACGAUCAACCAGAAUAUAAAAUGCAGGUGUAGGCCGGACUUCUUUUGCAAUUCUUCUGAACCUUGCAGUCACUGUAAUCCAUGUGAUAAAUGUGAACAUGGUAUAAUUGUGGAAAACUGCACACGGACCAAAAACACCAAGUGUAAAAAAAAAGAGGAUUCACAACAACAUUUCGGAACUCCAGCUAUUGUAGCCAUUGUGGUCACUGCUGUGGGCACAUGCAUUGUUCUGAUAUGGAUCAUAUGGAAGUAUGUGAUCAAAAAACGGAAGAAGUCAAAGUUCACAAUCAGAGAUGACCCCAGGCAAAAAGAAAUUGAAAUGGAGCAUCUCAAUUAUCCAGAUAUUGACCUGCUCCCUCACAUUUCUGAGAUUGCAGAGCUGAUGACCCUACAAGAAGUCAAGGCACUGGCUCGGAAACUGAAUGUGCCACACAUUCGCAUAGAUGCGAUCAUGAAUGAUAAUUUAAAUGACAGCACUGAACAGAAAAUAAAACUGUUAGAAUAUUGGUACCAAGAAAAAGGGAUACAAGAUGCUUAUCGCACUUUGAUCAGCACACUGCGAAGCCUUAAUUAUCAUGCUACUGCUGAUAAGAUUAAACAAAAAAUAGAGGACAUAUUGUAGACAUGUAAAAUAUGUAGUCAACAGUGUUGAAGAACUCCUCUCUAUUAUUUGAUUUAUAUACAUUGUCUUCUGUUGUUCUUAUCAUCAAUUGGUAUUCUCUUGCUUUCAGUGAUGUCAUCAAAUAGCAAAAUCUGGUUGACCCUGUAGUAGUAUGACUUCAUUCUGUUCUCUUGAUCCCUUAUGAAAUGGGAUCGCACUAAUUCAGGGAGGAGAAAGAAGCAAAGAGAAUCAAUAGUAGAAAGAAAUAGUGCCAAGCAGCUGCCGGGGAAACAAAGUGGAUAGUCAAGGGGGGGAAAUGGAAUUUUCAACGCAAAAAUAAAAAUUAGAGAAUAUUCACCACAGCUUUGUUUCCAAGGUGCUGAGCUGAUAUUGCUUGCAGACCUGCACUGUCUCUGUGUUUGUUUACCAUUGGGAAAGUGGGGCCUCAGUGGUGGCACCCUGGCUGUGCAAUACCCUCCUCAGAGUGGCCAGACUGCUGCGUAUCUUGGUGUCAUGAAUGCCAGUCAAAGACCUCUUUUAAUCUGUGUCAGCUUUAAGCUGUUUUUACUCUCUGCAGAUACAUUUAUACUUCUUUGUAUUGUUACUGAAUUUCAAACUGUUUUAUUUCUUUUUGGGAGCAGCUCUUAGCUCUGUUAUGGCUGCCUAUAAAUCCUGCAAAUACAUAAAUUCCCAUCUAUUCAUGUGUAAAUAAACAGUUUAUUACAAAA